AUCUCAGUACCACUACCCCUAUGUAGUCUUUAUUUAUCAGUUGUGCAAAAGUUUUAUAGCAUGCUGAAAUGAUGAAAAUACAAUGUUUUCAUUGUGAAAUUGUCAUUAGGAGAACCACAUAAUUAGAAAUAAUUUGCAGAUUUCAUAUAAAAUGGUGAUUUAUCUGAAAGUUGCACCAUUUCUCUAUUGAGCAAUAGUUUUAAACUUCACAUUGAAUAAGGCGGAUAGAUUACAGACACGUCUUAAACUAGUGAUCUAUCAUGUGUUUUUGCAACAGCUACUGUGAGGCUCCAGCCACGUCACAGAUGUACUGUUGAAUCAGAAAGAUAUGUUCACUGUUGCCCCUCCUAUGUGUUCCUCUGUAACAUCUUCCAGCAUUUUUAUUACACAGUUCUGACAAUUUAACACAAAAACUGAUUUGAAUGUGUGUUCAGCUGACGAUCUGUGUCCGUGUUGGCAUUAGGUGAAGGUGAUGACAGAAAAAGAACUGCUGGGUUAUGCCUGUGAACAGUUCCUGGGCAAGUCUGUAAUGGAGAUCAAGAGCGUCAUCCUGCAGACCCUGGAGGGUCACCUUCGUGCUAUCCUUGGCACCCUCACUGUUGAACAGAUUUACCAGGACCGAGACAAAUUUGCUUCUCUGGUGCGAGAAGUGGCAGCACCUGAUGUCGGACGCAUGGGCAUCGAGAUCCUCAGCUUCACCAUCAAAGAUGUGUACGAUAAAGUGGAAUACCUGAGCUCUCUGGGCAAAACUCAGACAGCUGCUGUACAAAGGGAUGCAGACAUCGGAGUGGCAGAGGCAGAGAGAGAUGCUGGCAUCCGGGAAGCUGAGUGUAAAAAAGAAAUGAUGGAUGUUAAGUUUGUUGCUGACACAAAAAUGGCCGACUCUAAACGAGAGCUGGAAAUGCAGAAAGCCUCCUUCAACCAAGAAGUUAACACAAAGAAAGCAGAGGCUCAGCUGGCAUAUGAGCUGCAAGCGGCCAAAGAGCAGCAGAAGAUCCGUCUAGAGGAGAUUGAAAUUGAGGUGGUGCAGAGGAAAAAGCAGAUCACGAUUGAGGAAAAGGAGAUUGACCGUACCGAAAAGGAGCUCAUUGCCACCGUGAAGAGGCCUGCUGAGGCUGAGGCCUACAAGAUGCAGCAGCUGGCUGAGGGCCAGAAGAUGAAGAAGGUGCUAACAGCACAAGCUGAGGCUGAAAAGAUCCGCUGCAUCGGUGAGGCAGAAGCAGCCUCCAUUGAAGCAGUGGGUAAGGCAGAGGCUGAGAAGAUGAGGCUGAAAGCCGAUGCCUACCAGCAGUACGGUGAGGCUGCCAAGACUGCUCUUGUCCUGGAGGCUCUACCCAAGAUUGCCAAUAAGGUGGCGGCACCUUUGUCUAAGACCAAUGAGAUCGUCAUCCUGAGUGGAGAAGGCAGCCGUGUGACUGGAGAGGUGACCCGUCUGCUAGCUGAACUGCCCGUCUCUGUCAACGCCCUCACUGGGGUGGAUCUGACUAAGAUCCCUCUGCUCCAGAAGAUGACCGGCACUCCCUGCCCAGCAGCUGUGUGAUACAGCAGGUCCAGGACUAGUUUUCUGUGUUCCUGCCUCAAGCAUGACAGAUCCUUUCAGCCAGAGACCCCUUAUGCAACUGCCUUUGACCAGAAACACUUGACACCAAUGAACCAAGAGUUUAUUUUUAUUUUUGAAGAGGUUUUUGAUUUUCUACAGGAGUUUAAAAAAUUUAUUCUCUGUUGUGUUUAUUGUACUGCACUAGUUUGUCAUGAUUAUAUGCUGCAGUGUUUUUCAUCCAAAGCAGAGCUGGAUAUGUCAGAGACGGAGGAAAAAUCUGAGUAUGUAGGUGGUGUAAGUUUCCACCUGGAGUUUGGGGGGAACCAGUUUCCUCUCAUGUGACGUGUUCACAUUUAGAUGUGGAGUAGAGUUCCAGCUUCUGCCUCUUCGUCACAGCCGUUUGUUUAAUGCCUCCUGCUUAAUCAGCAGAGUAGCUAGCAGUACAUGACGCACUUCUCUUUUUCUUCCACACUAUUCUUAAAGUCUAGUUUGACAUGUUUCUAACUCGGAUCUUUUUGGAUCUUCACUCAGAGUGAUUGUAAAAUUGACAGUUUUUCAGAAUAUCAGUGAUAUUUGCAUCAAUAAUCUUUACCUCGUAGUGGAUUAUCACGUUGCCUGUCUUCUUGUUCUGAUGUGCAGUGCCUGUCGACCACUCAAGUGUCCAAAACCUUAGAACAGUGGUUUAGGUUGGAUUUAUAUCGCUGUGUUAUAGAUGGACGAUGUUUUACAAAUAGUUGGUUAUGUUCAUGAUAUCUGCUUAUGCUGUUAGAAGUGUUUGUUAUGUGUUUGGGCAUGUAGGUAAAUGCUACUCAAACACAAAACCCAACUUAUGGUAGCCUUAAAAGAGACGGUGGAUAGCUGCCAGGGCUGCUAACCCCUCCUCUAUUACCUCAAGUAGCUUAUGUUAGACUAUCAGGAUCUGAGAUUUAAAUCCUUUUGUCUCUUUGUCUUCUGCUCUCAAACAAUUGUUUCUCCCACAUGUUGUUGGAAAUGCUCACUUUUGACUAUCCAUGUUUCUUUUACUUCACAGUCAGUCUACACUGAUGUUUGUGUCGCAGAAAGUCUCGUUGCUCUGGCCUUUUAUGGAGUUUAAAUUGUUACAGAUUUAAUUUACUCCCGUCAGUGAUGAAGAAGCAGAAAUUUAAGGUUUUAAAUAGACGUGUGAUCCGGCUGUAAACGCUGUGUUUGGUGUUUGUGCUCAGUCUGCAGUAGGGCAGAUGUAAUGUGAAGAACAUGCAUGAGCUGAGCAGCUGGACCAAUGACUUUUUCUGCUCCUGUACACAGAAGCAUAAACUAGUAAAGGCUGUAAAUCCUACAUGCAGUCUGUUAAAAUGUAAGGAACUAAAACAUUCGUCUCAUAAUCUGACCUUUUUCUCUUAUUAUAAUAUUACAACCAAACCUUUUAGAUUUCACUAAAAUGUAAUGGCUUUCAUUCAGAGUUGGUUGUAAGUUAAAACAUAAAUUAAUUAGCUUAUAGCGUAUCAAAGUGCCAGCGUAGGACUUCCUGUGUGAACAUGCAGGUUUCGACCUCUAGAUGGCAGCGUUUCAGAAGGAUUUACUUUGAAAAAGGACUUCACUCUGAUAUUUUGUUGCCUCUUGAUCUAAAUCCAAUUUUAUAUAAAGAUGUCAACCUCUGUCAUUUUGCCACAUUACCUACGAGCUGACUGAACUGCUGGCCUGCCUCUUUUAGUUGAAGAGAAAAACGUGAAGGACCUUUAACCACUCUUCAGAAUCUGUGAUUGUUUUAUUUUGCUGGUGAGUCAUGGUAUCUUUUUUCUUUCUGUGAAAUAAACGCUUGUCCAUCUGACCUGUGAAAAUUCCAGGUUUUUGGUGAAAUGCCACAGUAAAUGGCCAGUAAUUUAAACGGUGUGACCCAGCACAGCCAUGGAUGAAUGACAUGGAUGCCAUUUUAAUUUGGCCACAUAUUAAAUGAUUUGCAGUUUUGUCCUUUACUCAGACAUUAAAGAUAGAAAUUCAUACUGGCUGGACGGUCGCACCUGUUUAUUACCGAUUUUAACCUCAACUGUAGAUUAUUAUUUUACCUACAUAGUCUAAACCUGAAUCUGCAAAUCAUCUAAUUUCAAACAUUCACACAUUACAAUCCAACCAAGAUUUGUCGACUGGCUGUGGACUCAUUGUUUUUCCUAAACUGAGUUUACAAAGCUCAGAUUCUCUGAACAAAAUGUUUGACAACCUCCUGCUCUGUACUUCAGUGCCUUCGUUAAAAAUAACAAGGUCAUUUAUAUGUCAGUGUGCAGACUGUUGACUGUAACUAUCAAUCAUUUGAAUGCACUAAUGCAAUGUUCUUGAUGACUGUGUUAUAGGACGCAGACCAACUAGUAGGUUACAUGAAUGUGAUUAUAUAUGGUGUUCAACUGUAAUUCUUUCUCUCUGUUUUAUGUGCUUUAUGACAUUCUGUCCUACAAAUGUAUAAGGGAAUAUAAACAUACAUAUAAAUGAAUAUAUAAACAUGUUUAUGUAGUUAAAUAUAUCAUUUUAUGGCUUUUCCUUAAGAACAUGGACUUCAUUCAUUCUUUUUGAUCAUUGUAUUUGUGUCAAAGAAUACCAAGCCUACAUUUGCAUUGACUAAUCAGAAUAGUCGUUACUCCGUGUAACAUUUGAAUGACCAAACGUUGUAAACCUAUGCCUUAACUCUCAACUUCAUCUGACAUGUUCAUCCUUUGUCUAACAUAGAAAUGUUUUUUUAUUUCAAUUACACGUUGAAGAUUUAUCUUGUGGCUUCUGUAGCGCUGGUCUGAAGUGAUCCAUCAUGGAAACUUAAGCAUGUGUUCAUGUUAUUCUGUGUUGUGUAUCACCUUCUAAUAAAUGUUACGUCACCUUC